AUGUUCAUGUUAUCCGAUGCUAUUAUCCCGCGCACAACCGUUUUUGUUUUGCACUUUGAUACGCGCGUCGUUGUCGUCUCUAGUUGCCGUAGUGGAAGAUAUAUAGCUGCUGAGAUUGCCGACGGAGAUACAACCGCGAAUAUGCAUCUGUUGCUCGUGCACGCGAAAUUCUUCCUUGUAGUCAAAAUUUUUCCUUGUGAGGUGGAGGUGGAGGUGGGGGUGGAAGUGGAGGUGGAGGUGGUAGAGGGGGGGAUACGCGUCUUAUUAGCGGCCGUGGAUGCGGUUGCUUGGUUGACGGGGCAUGACAGGGUUGCUGCACUCCACUCCGUCACGAAUCUUGGAACUUCGAUAGCAGAGACAGAUGCUUUGAGCAGCUGGAGAUGGCGGUCCUCGACUGUAGGUGGCCCUGGAGAGAGCCACCGACCGGUUCAUCAGACACUUCACCGCCGGUGUGGUGGUGGGAAAGAAAGGAAGACAGAGAGAGAGGAUGGGUAUAUAGGUGAUCGUGUGCGCCCCCGCUGUCUGCUCUUGUCGAUCGCAGAGUGGGUAUUAUACUAG